UUAAAAUUCCUGCUACUUGUAGCCUCUCUAUCACUUGUGAUCCUGUGUGCUGUGCCACCAGAGGGGGGCAGGAGGGGGCAUCCAUCAGCAGCUCUGAAUCUUUCAAGAAACCCUCGGAGUCCCAGUUAAACACUCACUGUCUGAUCUGACCCACCUUCACCCCCCACCGCCCCUGGAUCACAGCGGGACUCUCCCAGAUAUGUUCAGGAGGAGACGGACGUGGACUACAGGCAGGUGACAGCAAGUCACUUCAUCGCACUUUAUUAGGAGAAUGCAAUGACUUGUUUUGAGCUGUUCUCUGCAGACAUCCCAGAAGUUCCAACCUUGGAAGAAUGAUGCCGGACUCUCUCCUGCGUUCCCUGCUGCCUGUCGUGGCAGUGGCCGUUGUUGCAGCCGUGAGCGUUGCUGAGAGUCAAAAUGUUGCUGAAGCUCUUGAGACAUCCAUCCCUCCAACGCCGCUCUAUCCCAGCAUUAACUUCAACAUCGUCAAUGUGGACCAUGUGUUUCUGAAGCAGGACAGUCCAAAGUCUGUGGGAAACUCCGGUCUGAACGCUCAGACUCAGACGUUUUACAUCACUGACUCCAGGGCUGCUGGGAAUCUCCAGUCCAUGGUCAACGCCUCCUACGGUCCUCUGACUGUUGAUGCUCCGAUCUCCAGAGACCUGCUCCUGAGCGGUCGCCGGAUCCUGCCGGUCAUCUUGGCCCGCCAGGUCCGUUCUUCUUCUCCUGUUGUAAGGAUCCUGUUCCACAUGCAUUCGGAAAACAACUUCACAGUUGGACAACAGUGGAAAGGAUCAGAAGACGAUAAAGAAAGGAAAAGUGAGAGAGUCGAGAACAAAGACGCAGCUCACUGUGUCACGGCCUACGCUUUCUGGGAGACGAGGGAAGUUCGUGGAGCGUGUUUGGUGACUCCAGGUGGCUUCUGUGUGGCAGAGCUCAAACCAGAACCUGCCUGGUUCAUCUGGACCAGUCGACCAGUGGGAUACAGCAGGGACGCUGGUAAAUCAGAAGGGACCAAAGGAAUACAGGGGAACCUGGUGGAGGUCUACUUCCAGAGCCGGACUGACCCGUCAGGAGUGUGUACACCACAGGACAGCCUGCAGCGGGUAGGUGUGGGCUUUGGGAUGUCAGGGACACCCAUGAGGCGGGUCGGGAGUGUGAAUCUGAUCAGAACUCCACCGGGGAACCCCGCCUUACUUCGACUUAAGCUCGGAGGAUCGGUGGUGAUCCAGACCUCUUCCAAAGUUCUGAAGUCCACAGAUGUUGCGACUUUUUCCGUCUUCCUGGCCAGCGCAUCCACCAUGGAAAACUUUACACUCAGGGCCACAGCGAAACCAGGUCUGUCCUUCAGUACAGCCCGGACCAGUGAUUCAACACUGUGGGACAUCAGUGUGAAUCCUGACAGAGAGUCGUCUCCCAACUCUGUGUCUGUCGUCUGCCACAGGAAGGUCGCUACCACUGCCAAAAGGGGUCUGCUGGAGGUUUUACAGCUUGACUUUGUGCCAAAGGAUGUCACACAGCAGGCCGAGAGUCAAACAAUUUCCUGGCGUCUGGAUUCACCGGGGAAUAUCAGGGACGGGGGAAUAAUGAAGAUCUACACCAGUCAGAGAGACUACGUGGGGCUGGCUCCUCUGGUCACGACCACAGAUAUCCUGAAUACUGCAGUACUCACUGGUAAAUCGGUCUCAGUCCCAGUACAGACUCUAGCAGUGGAGGCUGAUGGUUCAGUCACUGACGUCACCAACUUUACCAGCUGUCGGUCCACAGAGGAGGGAGUUCUCCAGGUGUCGGGGGGCUGUGACUAUAUAUAUGUAAAUGGGCAGGAGACAAAAGGAAAGAGCAGGGUGACGAUUAAUUUCACUUACGGCUCCUUGAGUGCCCAGCUGGAGAUGAGUGUGUGGAUGCCACGGCUGCCCUUGCUUAUCGAUGUGGCUGAUCCUGAGCUCAGCCAGAUUAAAGGCUGGAGGGUCCCAGUCCCUGCAGGAAACAGGAGGACCACAUGGGACAGUGAGGAGGAAGAGGAGAUACGGAAAGGCAAAGGCUGCAUGCUGCAGUACCAGCACACAACACUAAGAGUCCUCACACCCUUUGUGGCACAGGCUGGUUCCGGGGCUCUGCCUCACCUGCAGACAGAGGGGGAGCCAGUUGAGUUCUUCCUGGGUCCUGAUUGGCAGGUGGAUGUGACCAAUGUCGUCCGCGACUCUCUCAAAGUUGCCGACCUCGACGUAGCCAGGGUCCACGAGGGGGUGGUGUUGCAGGGCCGGGGUGUGGGUAUUACUGCCGUACAGGUGCUUUCCCCUUUGACAUCAGCGGUCCUGGCCGAGAAGACCGUCAGGGUCGUGGAUGACAAAGUGAGCGUGACAGAACUGGGAGUGCAGUUGAUUUCUGGACUCUCUCUGUCACUGCAACUCAGCCCCGGGGGCAACAGCCGGGCCAUAGUUGCCACAGCAACCGCACGGGAGACGAUCAUGCAGCUCAAGCAGGAGGCGCUGGUGAGCUGCUGGGUUCACUUCAGUGACGGCGCCAUCACUCCACUGGAGCUGUUCGACCGCAGCACCUACUCCCUGACCAUCUCCACCCCUGACAUAAGGGUUGCCACGGUGCGUCGCACUCCGGUGUCCACGUUUUUGGUAGCACAAGGCGAAGGCGAGGGACGGGGGGCGCUAGUGAGGGUGGAGCUCAGGAUCUGCGAGGAAUGUCAAAAGUCCAAGAGAAAAAGCAAACUGGUCACGGGCUCUGCGCUCCUCCGAAUUAACUUCCGAGGAAGCGGUCGAGUCGCAGGAGAUAGGAGGGGAGGUGAAGACUUGGGUGGUGCUUCAGAAGUGGUUGGAGAUCUGAAAAGAACAGUGACGUCUCAGCGUUCUGUCACAGAUUUAGACAAAUGGCUGCUGAAGAACGUUGAGUCUCUCGUGGCUGAAACAACCGUCUCCACCGCACUUUCUACAACGUCCAUCAGGCCACAUGUCGUCUGGAUUGGAUCUGGAGGUAUGACAAGAGCUACGAGAGGUUCUCCGUUCAAUGUCAAGCCCACAACGUCCACGACAGCUUCUCCCGUGACAUCUCUGCUCACUGACAGACCUGUAGCUACCACAGAUGGCGCUCUUAUCAAAGGUGAAGAACGGAGAAAGGGCUUUGGAAACCCUAACGAAGACAUCAGUGUAAUGACUCCUAAGAAGGAGCCUCCUAAAACUAGAACACCCAAAAUAAUUGAGAGUAACCUCAUUCGGACGUUCAGAUCGAUGUCGGACCUUGAACUCAGCAUGUACUCCCUGGCAGCCGUUUCCUGUGUGGCCAUCUUGGCUUUUAUUGUUAACUUUGCUUCAUAUAAUCUCUGUUUUCGCAAAGACAAGACUCCUGUUCAGGGAGGCCCGGCCCCUGGCAGGGAGUCAGAGGGCCACAGGCAUGACUGGGUGUGGCUGGGGGGAGGUAAUGAAGGUGCCCCGGCCCCCGGUGUCCCAGCUCAAGUGACCACGCUCAAACGUGAGCCUCAUCGCUCUCUAGAGUCCCGGCACUCCGUAGACUCCAUGGGACACUGCAGCCACGAGAGCAGCCUGCCUACUGUCAGUGGCCCCGCCGUCCCUGAACGGACCGCCACCCUGGGCCGCUGCCGGGCCAGCUCCCAGCAGCAGUUUCAGGGAAAGGCUCUCGACCCCAUGGCAAAUCGUUCGGCCACUCUGUUGGCCAGGCCCCAUCGCAACGAGCCGCUUCACUCCCCCACCAGUAAGAGGAAUCAGGUCCAGUUCACCACCUUCACCACGCUGGACAUCAAGCACUUGGCUGCGCUGAAGAAGAACGGUGUGGAU